AUGCCCCAGUUCGAGACACCCGUCAGCGACGACGAGCUGAAGAGCGAGCUGUCGGACGACAAGACGGUGAAGCUGACGGCCGAGGAGCUGAAACUGUUCGAAGCCGUCAAAGAGAAGGAAGAGGAGAGCGAACAACCCAAAGAGCAAGCAACGGUCAACGGUCAACAACCAGCGCAACCGAGUGCUGCAGAAGCCACGCAGGUUGCUAAAGUGGCGGCCGCUGCGGUGCUGCCACCGAAGGUUGGCCCCAAAGCACCCGCCACAGCCGCCGUCGGCGUUCCCGCGGAAGAAGGUCCGUCAUCCGCCGGUAAUUCUGCCAUGUCUUCCAACACGCCUUCACCUGCAAUAAUGGGUAUACGAAACGGGUCAACCACGGCACCAGCCGCCAGCGACGGGGGCCAAGCCGGUGUGACCAAGAUGGAGGAGGACGAUAACAGCGACACGGAGGCGCUGAAGGAUGCGCUCGGUUUACCGAACGAUCUGAUGGAGGAAGACUUUGUUAGUCAAAUCAUGAACGCUGACGAUGAGCUUACCAAAACGUCCGGGGUCGCAUUCGACGAGCUGACGGGCGACGCGGAGUUGAGCGAUACGCUCGGGAAGUCGUCCAAGGACGAGCUGGUGGACAUUCUUAGCCCACACUUCGAUCUCACCAACCUGGGUCAGAUGGACAGCAACGCGGUGGAGGAAAUUUUCAAAACGGUACUCACCACCGACGAAUCACAGGAAUCUCAAGAAUCGAUGAUGGCCGGUUCCAUGACACCGUACACAUCCAACACAUCGACACCAUCGCACACGGUGGACGUGAGCAAGAAAGCCGUCAACACACGGUACAUCACGGCCAGUGCUCAGCACAUGGUGGUACAACAACAACAGCAACAGCAACCACAGCUCCAGCAGCCACAAAUACACCCAUCGCAGCUCCAGCAACAGGUCCGGGUCCAGCAGCAACCGCAACCGAUGCCCGAGCAACGUGCACAAACCACGAUGAUGCCUCAAACCCUGCAAACGGUGCCGAAUCAAGGCCCAUUGCAGCAGGCACCCGGCGGAUUGGGAAUGCAACCGAAUCCGAUGGCACCGAUGGUGGUCAACAGCAUGGCGCCACACAUUCCACAACCAAUGGUCGGACAAAUGAUGCAACAACCACAACAACAGCAGCACCAGCAAGGACCGGGGCAAACCGGGACGAUCGGUGGCCUUAUGCAAACCACCGUUAUGGCCGGCCAGACUGGUUUGAUCGCUGGCGUAUCAUCGCCCCAGCAAACGAUGGCCGGUGCUUUUCCACUGAUGCCAUCACAGCAACAGCAGCAGCAGCAACAGCAAUUGCCGCUCGCUAUUGGUUCGGUGGUCGAUCUGAACCAACAGCAGCAGCAGCAGCACAUGAACCGAGGGUACUAUUCCAAUGACAUGCAUUCGCACAGCAGCCCUCUGAUGAGCGGAUACACGGAUCUCGGCCAGUGCCAGUCACCGGUGGGUGCCACAUCACAGCCACAACAAGUUCAGCCGCCGGUGGGCCAGUGGCAGAACGCCAACGUGCAGCUGGUUGGCGGACCGCCCGAUACCACGCAGGGCACCGGAACGAUCCAGCGCCCCGGCGGAGGAGUGGUCGGUGGCGAGAUGAUUACGCUGGACGAAACGAACGUGAAGAGUGCACAAAAGUUGUCCGAGAAAAUGCGCAAGGAUGAAAUGCUUGGUGAUAUGGCAACCAUUUCGUCGGUUUUGUACUGCAACAUGCGGCACCCCGAGCUGAAGGGGGAAUAUCCGAACUGGAACGAGCGGUGGAAGCAAAUCAGCAAGCGCUGGCGUCUGCUGUCGAACGAGGAAAAGCAACCGUUCCUGCAGCAGGCCCGCGACAAUCGGUCCGCCAGCAAGAUGAAGAAAACCCAGCAGGUACCACAAUUGUCACCCAAAGAUGGCAAUAGCAAUAGUUCGGGUACGAUGAACAUUGUUGGUCCAUCAUCCGCAUCUUCUCCUUCUUGCUCCUCAUCAUCGAACAUAUCGGGAUCGCUAACCACGGAAACGGGUUCCAUCUUAAUCGGUUCCGAUCAAACGGUGGCUGGAGGUUUGGUGCAGCAUCAUCUCGGCGUGCAGCAGCAACCUCAAGGCGGCACCCAGGGACAGCCGAUGCAACAGCAGCAGCAGCAGCAGCACCAGACGCAGCAGCACCAUCAACUGCACCAGCAACAGCAACACGGACAUCAGCAGUUGCUGCACGGCAGCAACGCUACACUUCAGCCGCAGCUACUUGAGGAUCAGGACAAGAUAAAUGCGCAGCAGAAAAGUAUGCGCGAGGCGGAACAAGAACGCCAGUGGAAACAACUACAGCAACAGCGCGCCCGAGAGCAACAAUCGCAACAACAUUUGUUGCUCCCGGAGCAAAGGAUGCAAGACCCAACAAUGCAACUGCAAGUGACGACAGAUGGUGGCCCCGGUAUUGGACCUCUUGCGAGUCCUUCACCAAAUUCGAGGGGACCCUUUGUUUCGCCGGUCAACAAAAACCGCCUGCCUGCCGGUGUGGUAGGCCCUAUGGGAAUGAAUGCUCCAUCCAGCCCGGUCGCAGGCAACUUCCAGCAUCCCGGCAUGCCGUCAGCCCGUGGCCUGCCAGUCCAGAUGCAGCCACAGCAACCACAGCGCCAACUGCAACCAACGCCCGGUGCGGGUCGAUUGCCGAUGAGCCCAUUUUCUCCACAAUCGCAGCAACCGCAAUCGCCGCAUGACAUACUGCCCGAAUCGCCCGCAAGCCAGCACUCGGGCAUGGAUCCGUUUGUGCGGCCACCGUCGGAAGGUUUGUCGGACGGUUAUGCCGUGCACCACUCGCCACAGACACCCCGCUCGAUGGGCCACCAAAGUCCGGUAGCGGCAGCGAACCGAAGUCCCGCCUAUUCGGGGCCACAGCUUAACGCCACGAACAGUAACGUUCCCACCGGGAUCCGUGUCAAUCCGAUGGAAUCAGGCUAUGCCGGAGCUCCGGGUACACCGCGGCCACAGUUUGCGUCCAGCAGCACCUCGCGGCCGCUAGUUUACGCUCGACCGGGCGAUCUUUUCGGUUCGAUGCCCAACUCCCCGUUCACGUCGCCCCGGUCCGAUGGCUUUGCCCAGUCGCCCCAGGAAGGCAAUCGGCAGCUUCGCGAUCUGCUGCAGAGGCAACAACUGCCAACGCCCAACAACAAUGCGGUCUCCGGUGGCACAAGCGUUGGGUUGAUGCAAACCGUCUCCCAUCAAUCGCCACAACAGCAGGUUCAGUCACCCGGCGGAUUUAUCGAUGAUGCACAGCAGCAACAGCAACAGCAACAAAUGCAACAGCAACAGUUGCUGCAACAGCAACAGCUGCAUCAACAGCAGCAAACUCAAAUGCAACAACAACAACCAUCAUCUCAGAUGCAACCACAGCAAACUGUGCUAAUGCAGCCUCCCCCCUCGGGCGGUCAACCGCCGGCCACCCCAAUGCCAAUGAGUCCGACCGAUAUGGGCACGUUCCGGCAACCGUUGCCACCGAACAUGAUGGCUCGCCCUCGGAUGCCGGGUUCGAUGAAUCGACCCGCUGGCGCUGGCGUCCUCGUCGGUACAGGAAACCAGCAGCAGAUACUGGUGCGGCAGCAAAUUGUCCGUGCGGCCGGUGGCGGCACCACAAACCAAAUGGUUAUCACCCAGCAAGGCUUGAUGGCACAGCAACAAUCGGCGCAGGUCCUGCGCCAACGAAUGCAACUCGGCGCCACUGGUUCCACCGGAACGACCGUUCCCGAUGGGGCACAGUUCAUGACGGCCACUGGCCAGCUGGUGCAUGGUCAACAGCAGAUGAUCAACCCGCAGCAGCAGCAGCAGCAACCGCAACAGCUGCUGACAUCUUCGCAAACCGAUCAGCAGAACAUAGCGUUGUUGGCGCAACGAUUAGCUGGCGAAGGUGAAGCUCACGUUCCUUCGGCAAACCUUGUCCGUGGUCCGCAAAACUCCCAGCAACAGCAGCAGCAACAGGGAACGGGGUCGUCGGCCGCCACUGGUCAGCAUCCGGAAGGUCCGUCCGAAAUUCCGGAUAGCGUUAGCGCGGAGCUCGAAAAGCUCGAACAGGAGGAUAACACGGGCAUGGGAGAGGUCGAGGGUGUCGGUGACCUGCUCGGUGAACUCGGUGACGACGAUGCCGAACUGUUGAACUCGUUGACGGCCGAAAUGGGAGACCACUUCAACAUCCUCGAGUACGCCGAUCCCGAGCUUGACUCGACCGAUGGUGAAAAGUCGAACCUUCUCGAUACGCUGGACAGUCUGGACGAUGAAGCGAAGGAAUCGGAUGCCAAGAGUAAACUGAAACAUCACCCCGAACCCGGUGGCGACCGUCAUGCCGGCGGUGGUGACGGGGGAGCAGCCGUGGAGCAAAAUGCUGCAAUGCAACCCGGAAACUUUGCGCCCGUACCGAACCAGCUAAUGCAGCAACCGCAUCAACAGUCCCAACAACUAUCACAGCUUCAGCAACAAUUUGGACAACCGCAACUAAUCAACGCACCGGCACAGCAACAGCAGCUCCAGGUGAAAACGUCCGUUCGUCCGGGUAUGAUGAAUCAACCGGCGAUGCAAAUGCACCCUCAAAUGCAACCGCAGCAACAGGUUCAGCAACAAGGUAUUUUGAUGGGCACCGGUCCAAUGGGCGUCGGGCCAAGGAUGAUGAUCAAAGAUGGCGCGGCUGUCGGUGUGGUUACCACCAACAUGAAGGCUGGAUUCAUCAAUCAACAGCGCAUGCAACAGCUGAAACAGUUGGGCACGGGUGGCCCCAUGGUUCAAAAUGUUAUCCCGGGUCAACCGCAAGCGCGUGCGAUCCAGCAAAUGGGUGGCAAUCGAAUCAUACAAACCGUCACCAAUCUGCCCAACCAGCAGCAGCAACAACCGCAGCAGCAGCAGCCACAGCUUCCGAACCAAUCACAGCUUGCUCUGCAGCAUCAACAAGCGCAACUGCCACAACCGCAGCAGCAGCAGCAACAACAGCAGCCGAAUGUUCCGGUGACCGUCGGAGGGCAACCACCGCCACCACCGUACCCGGAACCUCCGCCACCGUAUCCUGGCAAUCAAACGAACGCUGGUGGUGGACCCCUUACGAACAACCCGAAUCAGGAACAACGGUUGCUGCUGGAGGAUAUGGUCGAGCAAGAAAAGCGCGAACAGGCGAACCAAAUGCAACAGGUCAACGAUCUUCCUCCACCGAGCCAGGGAAUACUGAACGAUCAGGGAGGAAUGGUGCGUGGUCCCCAGCAACCGGGUAUGAUGAUAAACCAAGGGCAACAACCUCAACAGCAGCAGACCCUUGGCCCCAGCCAGCUGCAAAUACAGGCACCGAACGGUGGCCAGUUUAUGAUGCAACAGCAACGAAUGGUGACCGCUUCCCAGUGGCGACCGCAAACACCCGUGCAAACUACAAACGUCGGUGGAAUGGCAAUGAUGGGUAACCAACAGCAGCAGCAGCAGCAGCAGACUCUUGUAACCACGGCAACGGGCGGCAGUGCGAUGAUGAUGAGUCAGAUGCCGAAGAACACCCAGGUCUCCCAGGGUGGGAUGCCUUCCGUACCGCAAGCUACCGGCGGUCUGCCCACCAUCGGAUUGGUCCCCGGAAACACGUCGACCCUCGCAGCUGGUGAUGCAGGGACCAGCAAAAGCAUUCCACUGUUCCAGGCCAAUUUGCAGCCGCAGCCAACGCAACCACCGGAAAAAAUAGUGACCGACCAGGAUCGGUUGGUGCAGAUAAACUACGAAAACUGGCUGCAGCAGCAGAACACCGUGCUGUCCAAUCAGCUAAAGUACUACGAAACGGAGAUACUCAAGCUGCGGAAGGUGAAGAAGCAGUUAAACACCAAACAGCGCCACCAGCGAAAGCAGAGCAAAGAGCUGACCGAGGACGAUGCGAAGGAACUGCAAAGGACGACGGCUGACCAUACGGUCAUUCAGAAGCAGCUGGAAAAUGCUCGCCGACAGCAGCGUCAACACACGGUCAUCCUGCAGGAGUACAACGCGAAGCACCAACAGUCGGCGAAAUCGGCCACCGCCGGUGUCAGCCCAUCCGUCGGUGGACCCGCCAUCGGCAGUUCCCCGCUCUCGCAGUCUCUGAUCGCGCCACAGUCACCCCUGAUGGCCCCGUCACCCAGCAGCUCCCAGCCCGGUGGCGGUGCUUUCAACCACCACCAGCCACCGGUACAGUCUCCGCUCGGCAACGCCAUCAUGCAACCCAAUCAGAGCCCGCUGCACUCGCCCAGUCCGCUCCUUUCGCACAGUCCCGGACCGGCCAGCGUCAACUCGGUGAUGCAGAGCCCGGGAGGCAACCACACCAACUCGAACAGUGCCAUGUCCCCGUACAGCACGAUGCAACCGUCGCCACGCAUCGGAACACCGCACUCGCAGAUCGACGACAACCCUUUCAGCCCCGGUCCCGGCGGCGGCCCGUCCCCGUCGCCUUCGCUGCCCGGUCGGCUUACGUCGCCUGCACCGCGCAUGACAUCACCCCAGCACCGGAUGGGUGGCCAGCAGCUGGUCAGUGGAGGCGGUCGCAUGAUCGCGAGUCCGGGCCAUCAGUACACCCAGCAGGGCCUCAUGAUGCAAGGUUCGAUGGUGCAGCUCAACGCCCAGCAGCAGCAACAACAACAGCAGCAAGCGCGCUUCGUACGGCCACAGAUCAUUCCGAACGAUCCGAACGUGCGGAUGCGGGUUGCGAACAGCAUCCAACUGCAGCAACAUCAGCAGCAGCAGCAACAGCAACAGCAACAGCAAAUGCAGCAACAGCAGAUGCAACACCAGCAAAUGAUGGCUUCCAACAUUCGAAUGCAACCGGGCGGCGGGAAUGGCAACGGGGGCUACAAUUCCCCGCUCGGUAGCCCGCAGCCGAUCAUGUCUCCGGGUGGCGGUGGCAACGCCAUUGGCCAGCAGCAGAUGAUGGUCAAUCAGCAGCAGCAACAGCAGCAACAGCAGGGCAUGGGAAUGCAGUUCAUGCAGCAGCAACAACGCUUGCAGCAAAUGCAGCAACAGCAACGCCAGCAGAUGAUGCAAUCGCCCCAGCACCAGGCCACCGGCGGAGGGCAGAUGCUGCAGCAACACCAGUCACCGCAACACCCGGCAGCUGGUGGACAGAUGCUGCAGCAACACCAGUCACCGCAACACAGCACCGGCGGCAGCGGUGUACAGAUGAUGCAGCAACAACCGAAUCAGCAGCAAAUGCAAAUGAUGCAACAGCAGCAACAGAUGCAACAAAUGCAUCAGAUGCAACAGCAAAUGAACUUUGCAAAGCAAAGUCCGGUCCACCAGCAACCUCCGUCGCCACUGUUGAGCCACGGUGGAGGCAACACCCCGACCUCAUCGCCGAUGCCUCAGAGCCCAAUGCUUUACUACGGCCAACAGCAGCAGCAGCCACAACCGCAACAACAGCAACAACAACAGCAAAUGAUGCGUCAGCAAUCGUUGCCGGAUGGCAGCAACAACUACAUCAUCAGCAGCCCGGGUGGUGGCGGCGGCGGCGGAAUGAACCAUCCCUCGAAUCCGAUUCCGUUCGCUGGGACCGUUCGGUACGUGAAGCUUGGUUUACGUGGCGGUGCACCGAUGUGGGGAAACGCCCGGGGCAACAAGCGCGCGAAUCCGGUCCCCGCGCAGUUCCAGCAGCAACAGCAGCAGCUGUUGCAAAAGCAGCUUCAGCUGCAAAAGCAACAGCAAGCGGCACAAAGUGCGGCAGGCACCUCCGCGGGGGCUGCUGCCGUCCCACCGGAGGGCAGAAAGACCACCACCUUCAUCCAGCAUAACCGCAACCGCAUAACGAUUGUCCAGAAACCGGCCGGCGGGGCGGCGGCGGCACUAUUGAAGCAGGCCAACGUGGCGCAACCCGCAACGGCGGUCAGUAGCAGCGUGGAGGAGAUCGUCGUUAUCGAUAGCAGUCCGGACGAGAAGCAGCAGCGGUUGCUCGACUACGACGACGACAACGAUAAGGCGCUGGUGAGUGCUGAGGUGUCGCUCAAUUCCGUCGCCCAGCACGGUGCGGAUGGCGACGAGACGAUCAUCGAGUCGCUCAGCAGCACUCCGGGUGGGUACGAGAUCGUCGGCAGUCCGCUCGAUUCGCAGAUCGUAUCGGGCGAGUACAACCUGUUCUCGGAGGACGUGGUGGAGUGCGUGGACAACGAGGAUGGUGGCGUGGUGACGGCGACCAAGAAGGACAACCGCACGGUCACCGUGGAGCUGCUGAAGGAUGUGACGGAUGGGGGCAGCUUGAAGGAAAAACCACUGCUGGUCGGGUCGGAGAUUGAGAUUGUGGACAGCAUCGACGACAGUAGCAUCGCCUCGACGACGGAGGACUUUGAGGCCAUGAUCGACAGCCGGCCAGCGUCCGAAGGGGGCGGCAGUAGCAGCUCCACCGGGAGCGUCGUGCUGCUGGACGGUCAAGGUCAAGGUCCAACGCCCAAAGCCUCCAGCGACACGACGAUCGUCCUACGGAAAGAGACCGAUAAAACCACGGCCACGGCAGUGGCCACCGCAUCGCCAACGGCGAAAGAAAUUACCCUGGUGACGGUGCAGCAACAACAGCAGCAAAGUCCCAAAACACUCACCUACCCAACGGCACGGAUCGCCAUCCAGCAGUCGCUGAUGCAGAACCGUCCGAUCGUGGCCGCCGCCCACCAGCGGUUGGUGAAGGACGGGACGGAAACGUCCACCGCGAAGCUGUCGAUCGGCAACACCACGAUCUCGGUGCCGAUACUGAAGAGCUUCCCGCUCACCACGGCCGCCACAUCGCCCAAAACGACCGCCGAACAGCAGCAUCAUCACGCGAACAUUAAAACUGGGGUCACGAUCGCAACCGCCGCCGGGACGCAUUCGAAAAAGAUCAUCACCUCGUCCGGGCUGUCGAUCAGUAGCAUGGCCAAAAAUGCCGUUACCGGCGGCGGAGCUAGCUCUGGUGCCGGCGGUGCCGGUGGCGGCGGCGGUACGGUAAUUUCCGUGGCGGGACAGAAAAUAAACACCACCAGCAUCGUGACGUUGUCCUCGCUGAACCUCAACCAGUCGGCGGCCCCGUUCAUCACGAAAACCUUUGCGCGCCCCAGCGGCGGAGCCGUUACGAUUCAGCAGCAGCAGCAGCAGAAGCAAAUGGCACAGCAAAUUGCGGGAUCGCACAUAAAAAUUCAGCAACAGCAAGGAGGAGGAACCCAGUUGACAAUCGGCGGCGGCGGCGGCGUGUCAGGAAAUGGUGCCACGAUCGCGGUCGCAGCGCCACACCACACCGGCCCCGAAGGCACCGGCAGCAUCGUGGUGAAGGCUGCGAAAUCGAAAGCCACGGCCGGAUCGCCGAGUCUCAACUAUGCGAAGCUUUCGUCGCUCACCGUAUCGCAGGAUGUGUCGCUGCCGACGAAAAUCUUCCACGAAGAUGACUCCAUUUCACCCGACAGCUCGAUCAGCCAGGAGGAGGACACCGUCGAUCAGCUGCCGAGCGCCGAUCCGACUCGUUCCGACUCGGUCGAUGAGCCCUCGAAGCCAACGGUGGUAGUGGUGACCAACAGCAGCAGCAGCAGCAGCAGCAACAGUAGCGAUGGUGGCCUUUCCAAUGAUUCUCUGCAGGACGGCACAACGACGACGAUCAGUCUGAAGUCGAAGCAGGGGAUCAUCCCCGUGCACGUGAUCGCGAAAUCGCGUGAAAAUUCCCGUAGCCCCACGAUGACGACGGGUAGCGGCGGUAGCGGCAGUGCCAGCGGCUCGGCUAGCACCGUACAACGGAUCGUGCCCCAGCUGUCGCCCCUGUCGCAACCGAACGAGCUGACGCAGAAUGCGAUGAACGUGUCCCAGCAGGUGCGCUCGAUCAUGUCGUCCAUCAACAGCAGUGCCCCCGUAUCGUCGUCGACUUCGUCCACGAUCGUAUCGUCCACCGUCGUGCCGGUGAGCUCGAUGAGCGCCACGACCGUUCCGGGCAGCAACAUAUCGACCAUCACGUUCGACACCGCGAUGGGACUCCCGACGAAGGGUGACAACAUGAGCAAAACCGAAACGAUCGCCAGCAUCCUGAAGACGGUGUCGGGAAAAACGAUCCUCCCGGCUGCGGCCAUCGCUAGCAAUAGCUCCGGGGGCGGCCCGGCGAAAGCAUUCUCCGAAGCGGGCGGUGCGCUCACGACGACCACAACGAUCGCGUCGAUUCCGAGCGGAACGAAACUGCAGCUGAGCCGAAUUCCCGGUGGCCAAACGAUCACCGGUGGCAACAGCAACAUUUUGGUCGUGAAGCAAGUGCGUGCUUCCAACAAGGGCACCGGCCACGGGUCCCAGAAGCAACUGGUCGUGUUGACGCCCCAAUCGCAACCGGGGGCCGCUGGAACGCAGCAGAUCAAGAUUCAAACCCAGCAACAGCAGCAGCCCCAGCUCGCGUCGGGCAACAGUAGUGUCAUCAUCCAAAGCCAACCGGUCGGUGGUGGGUUUGUGAAAAUUUCCACCAACCCCAGCACCCUGGGUCCGGAGUCCGGUCUUGGCAAACCGACCUCGAUCACCAUCGAAUCGUCACCUUCUUCCGGCGCUUCGGGCUCUCAAUCUCAGCAGCAGCAGCCCCAGCCCCAGCAAAUCAUCUGCACCAAUCAGGCCACCGGGCAAACAAGGAUCGUCAAUCUGGGCACGGUGGUGGCGACGUCGGGUGACGGCGGCGCGACCUCAGGCGUCGGCAGUGUGCUGGGUAAAUCCAUCAUCAUGAGCACGGGCCGCCAGGCGACGAUUAUAGCCACGACCAGUGCGGCAACGGUCAACAGCGUGUCGCCUUCGGUUGCCCCCACGACGAGCAUCCUGAGUGCGACCCUUUCGCAGCCGCUCCUGAAAGCCGGGACGAGCGUGUCGGCGAUCAGCACACUGCUCCAGAACCAGCUGGCGAAUGCGUCCUCGUUUCGGCGCUCCAAGUCCACCGACGAGCCGCCCGUCCAUCACGUGCACGGUCGCGAGAGUGCCUCCUCGCAGAUCCUGAGCAAACGGCUCAGCCUGGAGGCGACGAUCAAGGGUGAACCGAUCGACAGUGCGUCGGACGACACGAACGUGAGCUCUUCAUCGCCGGCGCUCGGAGGAAAAUCGGAACCUGCACCCGGCAGCGGGUGUAAGUUCUCGACCAUGCUGCCAUCGGGACUCGGCACCGGCGGUGGCGGCGGCGGUGGCGCCGGCUCCAAGGCGGAAGACUCGCAGAAUGUGCUACUAAAGCAGCUGCUUCAGAAUACCGGCACCAAUUCCGUACCAUCGCCGGCACCGUCCCCGAUCGGUCGCGCCGUUCCCGGGUUGAUUACGAACCAGCGGGCACCGAGUUUGGGUGUGGUCAGCUCACUGGAAGCGCAGCUGGCACGGCCCAUCAUUCCACCGUCGGCCAAUCCUCCGGCCAUCCAGAUUAUCAGCACUCAGUCGAUUGUUGCUGCGGCGGCUUCGGCCGCCGCCAUCACAACCGCUUCGUCAGCGGCUCCACCGUCCUCCACCUCGACCCCAUCGUCGUCCUCUUCGUCAAUGGUCACAGCGACUACGCUCAUCUCGCGGGAAACCUCGUUCGUGUCGAAACCACCGGCCACCACCACCGGCAUCCUGUCGGGCCAUCCGACACCGAAUUUGGCGGCCAACAUGCUCGCGGCGACCAUCAAAAAGGAGGAGAUGCUCCAAGCGGCGGCAGCCGCGGCCACUUCCAGUUCGCCGCCGACACCGGUGGCACCGGCACCGGUCACGGUGAAGCUGGAAUCGGGAACCAUCACCGUGUCGCAACUGCAACCGUCACAGCCGAACGUUGUAGUGGUGCCCGUGACCACGACCGUCACAAAAACAUCGCGCGAAUCGGCGCCACAUCCGCAACAAAGUCAACCGACGAUGAUUCAGAGCAACAACAGCUCGGUGCAGGUGCAGCUGGUGCAAAGUGGUGCACCGGCCACCGGCGAGACAGCCACCGUGACGAUCAUCAAACGGGAGCAGCAGCUCUCCAACCGACAAACUCCGACACCUCCGACGACGACGAUGAAAGCGACGAUCGAAGAGCAGCGCCGUGUAACGCCGAGCCCGGGCAGCACGAUCGAGCAGCAGCAAGCAUCAUCGCGUGUGCCAACGCCGACGCCUACACCACCACCCCCCGCGCAACCAUCGCGGCCAGGGUCGGCUGAGAUGAAAAAGCCAGCCGAUCAGCCGACCCCGAUCGGUGCUGGUGGUGGUUUGAAAGUAGCGACUCCACCGACGAUCUCCAGCGCACCGCCAUCCGUCACGCCGAUGGGACCACCUCCUGUCACCGCCGCCGCCGCAUCGUUCUCCGCUUCGCCGGCACCAUCACAAACACCGCCGGCCAUGAAAUCGCCCUCCCCGUUCGAGGCAACAACUGGAGCAGGAACGGUGGCACCGAUCACGAUCAAAGAGGAACCCAAAGAGGAGCCCGCCGUGGCGGAGGUAUCGACCAAGACGGCCGCCGAGCUGGCGAUCGAGCUGAAGAAGAAGAAGCGUCGCGAGUAUCAGAAAAACCGUCGCCAGCAGCAGAUCCAGUCGAACAAGGAGAGCCACCACCAUCACCAUCACCACCACCACCAGCACGGCGGUGGCAGCGGUGGCCAGGCGAAGAAGAAACCGCGCAAAUCGGUCAAGAUUGAAGAGGACUACGACACGUGCAUCGACAACCUGAUGGGUCAGCUGCGGCAGCUACCGCCGAUGCAGAUCCUGGAACCGCAGCUCCCGCGGAACUACGGUGUGUGCCCGCUGUUCGGUACGAGCGAUCUGUCCAAGUUUACGCUCCUGAAAGGGUACUCGAUAGCGAGCGGCGAUCUUGCGGGGGGCUACGGGAACGCCCAGCUUCCGUCGGUGGCCGAUUUCUACAAUACCCGGCCGUUCGGUGUGAAGGAGCCGCCACCGAAGCCGGCCCCCACUUCGACACAGCGUGGCUUCUACGAUCAGGAGUUUCCGCCGAUCAAGUUCGAAACGGAAGAUCGCGGUGCCCACACAAGGUACGAUUUCGUGCGGUACGAUCGCGAUCUCGACUCGCCCGACACGAUCAUCAGCACGUCCAGCCCGGAGUGCAUCCGGUGGGACGCAUCGCCGAUCGGGUUUCCCGGGCUGCGGCUGAUCAAAGAGGAAGACCCGGCGAUGGAGGAACCGGACCAGGAAGCCGGCGUGUACGGCCGAAUGUCACCGAUCGUGCCGAUUCUGACGCCCGUGCCGAUACGGGCGCGCAAGGGUAACGCGCUCGUAACGCUCGGCUCCGACGCGCUCCGAUCGGCGGGUGGUGCUGCGGACAGCAACAAGGAAAACGAAGGCGGCAGUGGGCAGCAAGGCAAGGAUGGUGGCGGUGGCGGCUCGCUGGGCAUAAAGUCACGGUUCGGGCCACCGAACCGGCUGCGGGACGGGAACAAUGUGACCGUUACGCUGACGCUCACGUCGUCGGCGGCCGAAGACAUUCUCGGUGUGCUGCGCGAUCUGGCCAACAUCCUGGAAAUCGCCCCACCGACCGCGUUCCAGAUCGUGGAACGAAGCGCAACCCCGACCAGCCAGAUACUGGGCCUGUACCAGACGGAGGGCGGGGGCAAAGAGUGCGCCCCGAUCGACAUUCAGACGAUCCUGAACGGGACGGCACGCUUCUGUCGGCACUGCGGCGUCGUCAUACUGCGUAACAUGAUGGUCGCGAAGGCUGCCAAAUUUCCGCUACUAACCGCCGGCCAGGAACUGGAGUCGGACGAGCUGUACUUUUGCACCAUCCGGUGCUACCUCGGGUUUACGACGUCGUGCCGGACGAACAUUCCCGAUGACGAACGGGCGGCCGACGAGACGACGACGACCACGGUGACCGCCGAUCGGUCGGUGGACGAUAGCAACGGUGGUGCGGUGGUGGUAACGCCAACGACGGUCGAGAUUAAGCGCGAGGUGCUCGAUGACGGAGAUUCGAUGGAGAUCACGGGCGGCAACGCGGACGAGAUCGCACCGACUGCUGGUGAUCGCAAGAAGAAACAUUCCGAUGACAGCGGUACGGACAAGGAUCAACCGCCGGCCAAGCAGCUGAAGGGCGUGCGGUACAAAACGUUCGGUCCGCACUGUUUCCCGGUGCAGCGGUUGAAGAAACCGUCCGAGAAGGAGAUCACGGAAACGCUGUUCCGCAUGAACAUCACGGUGACGCCGUCACCGAAGAUGCCGGACGAUACGCGGCGCUGCAUCUUCUGCCACACGGUCGGCGACGGGGUGGCGGACGGGCCGUCGCGGUUGCUCAACUUCGACGUCGACAAGUGGGUGCACCUGAACUGUGCCCUCUGGUCGGACGGUGUGUACGAAACGGUGAACGGAGCGCUGAUGAACCUCGAGAGUGCCCUCCAGCAGAGCCUCACGUCGGCCUGCGGGCUCUGCAACAACCUGGGCGCCACGAUCAAGUGCUUCAAGACGCGCUGCACCAACGUGUACCACCUGAGCUGCGCCAUGAAAGACGGGUGUGUGUUCUACAAGAACAAGAGCACCAUGUGCGCGACGCACGCCCUGCGGACGGAGAAGGACUCGGAGCUGACGACGCUCAGCGUGCAGCGGCGGGUGUACGUCGAUCGGGACGAGAGCCGCCAGGUGGCGUCCGUGAUGCACCACUCCGAGUCGAACAAUCUGCUGCGCGUUGGCAGCCUGAUCUUUCUGAACGUGGGCCAACUGUUGCCGCACCAGCUGCAGAGCUUCCACACACCCAACUACAUCUACCCGAUCGGGUACAAAAUUAUCCGCUUCUACUGGUCGAUGCGGAAACCGAACAAACGGUGCCGCUACAUCUGCUCGAUCGCGGACGUGAGCGGGCGGCCCGAGUUCCGCGUGCUGGUGCAGGAAGCGACCGAGGAGGACAUCGAGCUGCGCGACGCCACCCCGAAAGCCGUCUGGCAGCGGAUCCUCGAGCCGAUGGCGUUGCUGCGUAAGAACUGUCAGAUCGUGCAGCUCUUCCCGCGCUACGUCAGCGGCGAGGAUCUGUUCGGGCUGACGGAACCGGCGGUGGUGCGGAUCCUUGAGAGUUUGCCGGGCAUCGAAACGCUCACCGACUACCGGUUCAAGUACGGGCGCAACCCGCUGCUGGAGCUCCCGCUGGCCAUCAACCCGUCCGGUGCGGCACGGACCGAACCGAAGCUCAAGCACACGCUCUCGUGGAAGAAACCGCACACCCAGCGCACCGGAUCGACCAGCCAGCGGCCCACGUUUGUGCCGACCAGCUCGCCGGCCGGAGAGGUGGCCUGUCCGUACAGCAAACAGUUUGUGCACUCGAAGAGCUCGCAGUACAAGAAAAUGAAGCAAGAGUGGCGCAACAACGUGUUUCUGGCACGGUCCAAAAUCCAGGGUCUCGGGCUGUACGCGGCCCGCGACCUCGAGAAGCACACGAUGGUGAUCGAGUACAUCGGUGAGGUGAUUCGCACCGAGGUGUCGGAGCUGCGCGAGAAGCAGUACGAAGCCAAGAACCGUGGCAUCUACAUGUUCCGGCUGGACGAGGAGCGCGUGGUCGACGCGACGCUGAGUGGCGGCCUGGCGCGCUACAUCAACCACUCGUGCAAUCCGAACUGCGUGACGGAGACGGUCGAGGUGGACCGCGAACUGCGCAUCAUCAUCUUCGCCAAGCGGCGCAUCAACCGCGGCGAGGAGCUGUCGUACGACUACAAGUUCGACAUCGAGGACGAUGCGCACAAGAUUUCGUGCAUGUGUGGGGCACCGAACUGUAAAAAGUGGAUGAACUAAAGCGCCCGCCGAAGGGAGGUCAACGGAUAAAGGCACAUGAUACGUGAGGUGUACCUUUUUGAACGGGGUAAUUGGUUGCCACCGCACUCUCCGUAAGCAUCUAGUAGACAUUGGAAACAUUACGAGG